AUGAAAGGAAGCCCCGGAGAACUGAAAGAUCAGAGUCAGAGAAGCACCCCAGGAGAACUGAAAGGAUUCAGAGAAGCCUCAGGAGAACUGAAAGUAUUCAGAGAAGCCCCAGGAGAACUGAAAGGAUUCAGAGAAGCCUUAGGAGAACUGAAAGUAUUCAGAGAAGCCCCAGGAGAACUGAAAGGAUUCAGAGAAGCCCCAGGAGAACUGAAAGGAUUCAGAGAAGCCUCAGGAGAACUGAAAGGAUUCAGAGAAACCUCAGGAGAACUGAAAGGAUUCAGAGAAGCCCUGAGAGAAUUGGAAGGAUGGGCAGAUUACUCAUCUUCAGACGAAGCUGAUGAUGUAAAAAAAAAAAAAAAAACUGAAAAUGAGCAAGACAAUAGUGUUAUGUUAUGUGACACGCAACCUCAAAAUGUUAAUAAUGAAGACGAGGAACAGUGCACGAUUAUAUCGUCAGAUAAUGAUGAACACAUCAAUGCAGACCAUAGUGUUAUAAUAUGUGACACACAGCCUCAAAAUGUUAAUAAUGAUGCCGAGGAACAGUGCAUAAUUAUAUGGUCAAAUAGUGACGAACACAUCGAUUCAGAUGUUACACAUCAAUGA